AUGGAAAGCCCCACAACCCCCGAACAACUCAAGGUCCUACUCCACCGCCUCCAAGAGCACUGCGACGAAAUCUUUUACGUCGGUGUCAAGAUCGCUGAUCUCAACGAGUGGUUUGACGAGCACUACUCUAUGCAAACCGAGAAGGUCAGGUCCUUCUUGAACUUUCUCAGGCGUGAAAAGCGCGUGCUGCAGGCUCGACUCGAGGCUGUCGAAGACAAGAGAAUGGCUGUUCUUGAUGAGAUCUAUACACUGUGCCCGGGGGUGACAAUCACAGAUAGUGAUGGCGUGAGAGAGAACAUGUAUCGGGAGCGCGAGAGGAACCGCGAUCCUGUGCUUAUGGAGGGGUGGGGGCAGAUGAGGGGUGUGCCCGUGAGGGACGAAGACUUGACUGGAUUUUGGGCUUCAAUGUGGGCGUUUGGGGAGCACUAUGCGUAG